GCUUGUAGACUAAUUUAGAAUUACACAGUCACACGGCCAACCCUCAUGGAAGUGGUCGAGCAAAAUCGUGUAAUUUUGACGGACGAACAACAUCUUUCCAAGCUGAGACCAACCGUGUUAACUCCCGCGUCCCCUCCAGAGGGGUUCGAGCCGUUCAAAAAUUACAUAAAUCCCUGUCUUUCCUUGUUGAUCUCGUUGAUCUAUCACGAAUUCGUCAGCAUCCUUCCAUCGCAGCCUGCUCGUCUCUCCUCUUUGCUCUCAUCAUGUCCAAAGCUAGCUACAUUCCGUGGUCACCGUCAGAAGAGCAAAGUCUUCCAGACUGGCUAUCUCAGCACCAGCACUUAUCGUGGGAAGAUAAAUCGAUAGAAUACUGUCGUGAUACUGGUAUUGCACGCGGGCCCGAGUCGCUGCGUGGAAAACACAAUCAACUACUAAAAGGUAUCUACCGGCGGCGUUCGAUAUCGGCAAGAUGUCGCCGCAAGAACGCUCAGGCUGUACGACGUCAACAAGUGACGCAUAUGCCUGGCAUUCCCAAGUCGCCACCCGCCCUAAAUCUGAGAGCUCCAGAUCCUCAGGCUCGCCAACUGCUCCGGCAGUUCAAUCCUGAAGAAUCACUAACCAGAGGCCAACGGCGAUCAUAUGACGCAAUACUUGGGAUAUUUUCCCUGCAACGCCGACGACGACAUGCAGUGCCGGAGAAACUUUGGAGGAUAUUUGACCAGGUCCUUGGGAGGUGGUGAAUGAUAUUACAGCUGUUAUCUAUACAGGACUAAAGGGUCAGGCCAGAUGUCAUUUUAGGAUAUAGGGCUGUAGAGACACUCUCAUGCGUUGGUCCGUAACUUCUGUUUCUUACCUUUUUGUUUUGUUUUUCACUAGUAAUUGUCUGUUCUCUUACUGUCCUAUGCCUCAAUCAAAGCCGGUGGUCACAAUGUGAUUGGCUAGUCUGGCGGUAUGACUACGCCCGGUACAGUCCACUGAGC